UGGUUUUUUUAAAGGGGAACGUGUCACCCGCGGAGCCGGCGGGUCCAGCCUGCCGCUGCCUCUGUCCACGGUGCUGAAGCCGAGCCGCGCUCCGCCCGCCCCGUCCGCCGCCAGGAGGGCGGCCCGCCCGCCUCGACGCCAUGGGUGCCGCCGCUCCCAGCCGCCCGCCCAGGCGCUCUCGGAGGUGCUGAAAUCUCCAUCCCGCCUCGUGUCGUUGGGCCAGGCUGGCUAUUGAGCGCCAAAGCAGGAUCCGGCCGAGCUGGCUGGGAUGCUGAAGCAGGAGGGCUGAGCCUUGGAUCUAAUGCACCGCGCCCCACGGGAAUUGUUGGUCAACGGGCUCCCUGGACCCCACGCUGAACUCUGCCUUGCCCCAGCCCCACCCUCCCCCGCCAGGUCCGGACUGCCGGCCAAUGUCGGCCUGAAAGGUGCCGGGUGCGAGCGAUCGGCUGGGGCCGGGGGGCGAGCCUGGCCAUGGAAGGCUCCAACGGAUUUGGGAUCGACUCCAUCCUGUCCCACAGAGCGGGGAGCCCGGCCGCGCCCCAAGGAGACCCGCUGAUGGGGGAGUGCAGGUCCCCCCUGGAACUAAGCCCCGGCUCCGAAGUCAGCAGCGGGUGCCCGUCUCCCCACUCGCCGGGGAAGGAAUGCCUGGAGGCGGCGGCUCCCAGGCAAGGGGUGGCCCUGGGCUUGGAAUCUCACCUCCAGCCGGGGCAGGGCUCGGCGCCUUCCCAGUCCAGAACAGUGACCUCGUCUUUCCUAAUCAGGGACAUCCUCGCCGAUUGCAAGCCCCUGGCAGCCUGCGCGCCUUACUCUAGCACCAAUGGACAGAGCGGCCCGGAGCCGGCGGGGCGAAUCCCGGCCAAACCCGGGGAGGACUUUAGAGAGAAAAUGGACAAAAGUAGCAGCAACGCCUCGUCGGACUCGGAGUACAAAGUGAAAGAAGAAGGGGACCGAGAAAUCUCCAGCUCCAGGGACAGCCCCCCGGUGAGGCUGAAAAAGCCCCGCAAAGCCCGCACCGCCUUCACCGAUCACCAGCUCGCCCAGCUGGAGCGGAGCUUUGAGAGGCAGAAAUACCUGAGUGUGCAGGACAGGAUGGAGCUGGCGGCCUCCCUCAACCUCACUGACACCCAAGUGAAAACGUGGUACCAGAACAGAAGGACCAAGUGGAAGAGGCAGACAGCCGUGGGACUGGAGCUACUGGCAGAAGCUGGGAAUUAUUCAGCCCUCCAGCGAAUGUUCCCAUCUCCCUAUUUCUACCCGCAGAGCUUGGUCUCCAACCUGGACCCCGGAGCGGCCCUCUAUCUGUACCGGGGUCCCAGCGCCCCUCCCCCGGCCUUGCAGAGACCUUUGGUACCCCGGAUCCUCAUUCACGGACUGCAGGGGGGUAGCGAGCCGCCCCCACCUUUGCCCCCCCUGGCAGGCGUCCUCCCGCGAGCGGCUCAACCGCGGUGAAGCGCCGAGUUCGCAGCAAAGCCCGCUGCCAAGGAAGCCAAGAGGCCCCCUCUGCUCCCUUGCGUAGACCGCCCUGACCAUCAGAAACUGUACACCGAGCCUGGGGGGGGGGGGGGGGGAGAGAGGCGGGCCGGAUCCUUGGCACUUCAACCCCCGCCUAGCCACCACACAAAACCAUCGUUCACCCUAACGGAGCAAGAGGAACCUGGAAAGGAAAAAACACAUCAAAGGAAAAUCUCGCCCGCUCUUUCGAUGCGGUUGGUGAUCCGCGCUGCCUAACCUGGAAGGGGGUGAGAGAUCGCCUUCCUAGCAAUGGAGAAAGGGAACCUAACAAACAACUCAAACUUCCUGGAAAGCAUCUGUUCAACUCUGGGGUGGGCGGGAGACACGGAGGAGCUAGGAGGAAACACACAAAUAGACAAAUCUUUUGUGAUCGCCCAGACACAGACGAUUAGCCCACUUCCGAAAGACAUUUCAAUAUUGAAAAAUAUCCUCCUUAAAAACAUUGAGGGGAUAUAAUUCCCCCCCUCCCGCACACACACACAACGCAGAUUUUUUCCGGCUUCACCCGCCCGCCCUUCUCUCUUUGCCCAUUGAGGCCUUUCUGCCCCCUCCCCCGCUUUCUAGCACUAAACUUUGCCACACACACAAAGGAGACUUGUUUCAGAGUAGCAGCCGUGCUAGUCUGUAUC